AUGCAACCUGAAUUUCCGGUGUUCUUGACUGUGGUGCCGCCUCCUGCUGCUGCCUGCAGCAGCAGCAGCAGCAGCAGCAGCGGUGGCAGCAGCAGUGGUUGCAGCAAUGGUUGCUGCGGCAGCAGUGGUUGCAGCAGCUGUUGCAGCAGCAGCAGCAGCAGCAGCAGCAGCAGCAGCAACAGCAGCAAUUGUGGCGGGCGGCGCAGCAGCAGCAGCAGCAGCAGCAGCAGCCGUCGUUUGACGCUGCCGAUCCCCAAGCGGCGCAAUCCUCUUCGUGGUGAUGAUGAGCAGCAGCAGCAACAGCAGCAGCAGCAGCAGCAGCAGCAGCUGCAGCAGCAGCAGCAGCAGCAUACAGCAGCAGAUGGGGUGUAUGUACACCCCAAGCUGCGGCCGUUUUGUUUGUCUUCUCCUUCUCAUUCUUCGGAGGCAUCAACAGCAGAUGAGCUGGAGGAGGCAUUGCAGGUGUUUUUUUUCUUUCUCUCCUCUCUCUCUCUCUCUCUUCCUCCUCCUCAGCAGCAGCAGCAGCAGCAGCAGCAGCAGCAGCAGCUGCCUUCCUCCUCCUCAGCAGCAGCAGCAGCAGCAGCAGCAGCAGCAGCAGCUGCUGCUGCUGCUGCUGCUGGGGGAUAUAGAGGGCCGCUGUGUGUGAAGCAGAUGACCUUCAGCUCUAUGUACACAGCAGCACCAGCAGCAGCAGCAGCAGAGGCGGUGACGAAAGCAGCAGCUGCAGUAGCAGCUGCAGCGGAAGCGGCGGCUGCAGCGGCGGUGGCGACAGCAGCAGCUGCUGCUGCAGCAGCAGCUGCAGCAGCAGCAGCAGCAGCAGCAGCAGCAUUGAGCUUAGUGGUAGUGGUAGUGGUAGCUGCAGUGGUUGCUGCUGCAGCAGCAGCAGCAGCAGCUGCUGCAGCAGUAGUAGCUGCAGCAGCUGCAGUUGUUGCUGCAGCAGGAGUGGCAAUGAUGAAGAUGCAACGUCAGGGGCUGAUGCAGCAGCAGCAGCAGCAGCAGCAACAGCAGCAGCAGCAGCAACAGCAGCAGCAGCAGCAGCAAAUGGUGAUGAACUGGAAGCAGCAGCAGCAGCAGAGUCUGCAGCAAAUGCGGGAUCACCAGAACAUCUCCCCUUCAGCUCCGAAGGCAGCAGCAGCAGCAACUGCUGCAGCACAAGCUGCUGCUGCUGCAGCAGCAGCAGCAGCAGCAGCAGCAGCAUAUACUUAUGGGAAGAAGACCCUUCGCUGGUAG